UAUAAAUUAGAUAUAAAUCCAUUGCCCGACUGUCAGUAUUUAUUGAUCAUUAAAAGAGUAUCUACGCUUAAUAUUAAAUCUUCAAUUGAGUUUGAUAAAAAAAAAAUGUCAUUUAAAGUUUUGAUAUUAUCAAUUAUCUUCAUAGUAUCAAUCUGUACCAACACAAUUCAAGCAUGCAGUGGAGAACCAUGCGAUCCUUAUGGCCAGGGUCAAUGUUGCUUUGGUUAUUUAUGUGACUCUGAUUCGAGGGAGUGCUCAUCAGUUUAUCUCUACGGCAACAAUAGUCCUUUUUUUGGGAAAUAA